AUGCCGACAGUCAUCAAGCUAUACUCCCUGCAGUUCUCUCUUGCUGUCUCUGAAGAGGAGGUUCCCCCUGAGCAGCAGCACUGUGAGCAGGAGUGGAGCUCCGGUCUGGGGCAGGAGGACCCAGAGCCCACACAGAUCAAAGAGGAACAGGAGGAACUCCGGAUCAGUCAAGAGGAAGAGCGGCUUCAAGGGUUGGAGGCUGAUAUCACAGAGUUCAAAUUCCCUCCUACCUGUGUGAAAAAUGAAUGUGAUCAGGAGGACCCACUUCAGUCCAUGACUGAACAGACUAUGGCGAACAGAGAGAGUGACUCCAAACCAGUGGAUCUCAAACCUUUUGGGACUGUGACCCACCUAAAGGGUCUCGACAUUCCCUUUGACCCUCCAGAUAGUCAAAACAAUGCCUCCAGUCACAGCUCUGCUGCAAGCAGCGACCAAGUAGGACUUAACAGCAGCCCACCAUUGGAUCUAAUUGUGCACAAACUGGCUCACACUGGAGAGAAACUGUUUAGCUGUGGUGACUGUGGGAAAAGCUUCAGUCAAAAGGAACACCUUGGGAACCACAUACGCAUCCACACAGGAGAGAAACCGUUUAGCUGUGGUGACUGCGGGAAAAGCUUCACUGUCAAGGGGAACCUAACUGUGCACAAACUGGCUCACACUGGAAAGAAACCAUUUAGUUGUGGUGACUGCGGGAAAAGCUUCUAUCAGAGCCAGGAACUAACUGCGCAUAUACGGACUCACACUGGGGAGAAAUCGUUUAGCUGUGGUGACUGUGGGAAAAGGUUUUAUCACAAGAUUACUCUAAACCGACACGUUCAGACUCACACAGGACUGAAACCAUUUAUCUGUGGCGACUGUGGGAAAAGGUUUUAUCACAAGAUUACUCUAAACCGACACGUUCAGACUCACACAGGAGAGAAACCAUUUAUAUGUGGCGACUGUGGGAAAAGCUUCAGUCAGAAGGAACACCUUGGGAACCAUACACUGACUCACACAGGAGAGAAACCGUUUAGCUGUGGAGACUGUGGGAAAAGCUUCAGGCAGAAGGGGACCUUAAAUACACAUAAACUGACUCACACGGGAGUGAAAUCAUUUAGCUGUGGAGACUGUGGGAAGAGCUUCAUUCUGAAGGGGUCCCUAAAGAUGCAUAUACAGACUCACACAGGUGUAAAACCAUUUAUAUGUGGAGACUGCGGGAAAGGCUUCUAUCUGAAGGGAGACCUAGGUAAGCAUAUACUGACUCACACAGGUGAGAAACCAUUUAGCUGUGGAGACUGCGGGAAAAGCUUCAGGCAGAAGUCGGCCCUAAAGACGCACACACUGACUCACACCGGAGUGAAGCCAUUUCACUGUGGAGACUGUGGGAAGAGAUUCAGUCAGAAUGGGGCCCUAAAGAAGCAUUUAUUGACUCACACAGGAGUGAAAUCAGUGUAGCUGUGGGGACUGUGGAGAAAGCGUCUAUCAGAAAAGACACCUAACCGAACAUAUUCAGACUCACCCAGGAGUUAAACAACAUGACUGCUCAGUCUGUGAUAGAACAUUCGUUAAGGCUCAUCUGCUGAAGCAUGUUAAUAAUGUCCUCAAAGAAAGAAAUUGGGAGGAAAAAUAUAGCUGCAAGCAGCCACGAAAGCUCCUGGCCACAAUAUUUCUUGAAUUUUAAUUAGAGCAUUCUGUUAGUGAACCUUUUGAGCAAGAUAUUUUGCCACUUGUUUUUGAUACCGCCUGGAUUAGGAGUGACAAUGCUGCGAAAAUAAAGGCUUUUUAACCAAUAACUUUUUUUCCCCCUCACUACAAAUUUAGUUACUGAAACGUACUUGCAGUUGAGAAGAUUUGUUAACAGUUUGACGUUCACAACUGAAUUGCAUUCUGUUUUUGGAGAUAC